AUGACUACUAAUUGCUGUCAUUCCCCAUCACACGGAGGGUUACAACUCCCUUUGCCGCAAAGGAUUCGGCCAUCCACAACUAGUACUAAUCGCGAUCUUACUAAAGCCAAAGACAGCGACGAUGAGAUUUUAUCUGAUUUAUCAAAGCUAUUUGAUGCGUUGGAUCUAGAUUGGGAAACAGAAUGCACUUCUGCAAAGGAUGACGCUACCAACGAGCUGCCUGAAGAUGCGUCGAAAUCCAUGCCCAAGUGUAAAGCUUAUGAUAUUCCCUUGGAACUCGCGGGCGCGGCUUACUUCAUCGUAGAUAGGUUUAUAUAUGCAUGGAACCACAUCGACUGGUCUAUAUCCUCAAUGAAUGAGUCAUGUGAACCUUCAGACCCAUUCUACGUGGCGGCUCCCAAUCAGGACAUACUUAUUAUGGAUGCAAUAUUCCGAGUCGAUGAGAACGGGACAAUUUUUCGUUGGCUUGGAGGUGACCAAUGGAAUACUGAGCCGCUUUAUGGCGUUUAUGGCGACGCAUAUGUAUCGCUGCAAAAAUGCGCCGGGGUGGGAGGCUGUUUCCCUUUACUAUCUGAAGAGUCAACAUUUUCGCCUACCUAUCUUGCUGAAACUGAACCUUCCUAUACUUUUGGCGAAGCAUUAACCACGCAUACUGUUAUCUCGGAGCCCGCUACUUUAGGUCCAAUUCAGUCGAAGGAGCUUGGGAUAUUUUCUAACGACAGUAAAAAUACCAAAGACAUGUACAGCGAAUCGUCGGGCGCUGCUUUACUGGGGUCACUCAUGGGCUUUCCAAAUCUGAUCGCAUCACCAUCACCCAUCAUAGAUGAUGUCUUCUCAAUUAAUGAUGUAAACGGAAUCGACCUCUCAACUCCGUUUUUGGGCGAGGGAACACCUCCAACCUUCGACAACAUAGCCCGGUGGGUAGAAUCUCAAAAGGGCACACGUCGUACACCGGGUUCAAGUUGGGUUUGUCCUUUGAAAGGAUGUGAAAGACUGUUGAGGCGGCCUCAUGCACUCAAAGACCACCUUUUAUUCCACUUUGACAUUAAAGGCGUUCCCUUCUUUCAGAGUUUCCGUGUGGCUAUCCUGGAUGUAACAGCUCAUUUGCCACUAAAUGCAACUGCGAUAGACAUAGGAAGAACUGCAAAUAUGUCCUCAAAUGCUCGGUAG